AUGACAUACAACCCGCGCCUUCUGCUUACUGCCGUGUGGUACUUCCCAACCCCUCCCACCCUCCUCCUCCUCUUUUUCAACUCAUGUCUGUUUGGCACCGGCUCGACCGUCCGUCCGUCUGUGCGUACGUCCACUUCUCUGUUGGUAGCCCUUCCUCCGGAUGUGGCUGCUGACCCGGAGAUUAAAGCCGCACACGCCCGUCACGUGCGAGAUAUGGCGCUUUUAAAAAUGGAAAUUGACCGGGCCCGUACGGCAGCUGAGCUGGAGCAGAUCCGUGCGGUCCUGCAGCAAAUCCGGGGCACAAGCGAGCCCCCGUCUCAGCAACCACCACAACCACAAGAAGAUCAACAACAGCAGCAACUACAACAUCAAGUUUCAGAGGCGCGGGCUGUAGACUCGUUCGCGGGUGAAGCGGCCGCGGGCCUCAACUCCGAGGGAGGGCUGCAGGUGCUGCGGCCUUCGGAGGUUGCCGGAACCGGCUGGGCGGAUGCGGAGGAUGAGGCCUGGGGAUUCGCUGAGCAGCCGAUAGGGGUCGCGGACGCAGCGCUGGAUCGAGAGGAGUACGACAAUGAUCCCGCCGCCGCCGUCGGCGCUGGGGAGGGCCCUGCGUACCCCGGUCAAGAGGAUCCCUCCGAGCAGCUGCUCCGCGACCGUCCGGCGCAUCCGUUGGGGCCGUUGCAGAUAGGCCCGUCACAACUGGGGCUUAUUCCCGAUUCCCAUGUCCUGGAGGUUCGCCUCUUCACUGCCGGGCCCUUCCAGAAACGAGGGACGUACCGUGUACGGGCCGUACUGUACGACGGAUACCAACCGAUGGAAGCAGCUCCAGGCGUGAUGGUGGGUGCAUCCUCCCGCCACUACAACCCCACCGCCGAGGACGAUGGCGGCGCCAGUGCCGGCGGCGGCGGCGGCAACAGCGUUGGCCGAGUCAGCAGCGGCGGCGGAGCCGGCGCCGCCGCCGCCACGGCAGCCUCUGGCGGCGGCGGCGGCGGUGGCGGAGCCUAUUCGUACACCUCCCUUGGAGUCGCAAAGUUUGUGUUCUUCAACGAGACGUUGCGGCUAAUUGGCGUACCGCUUCCCCCCACUGCCUUGCUGGUCUUUGAGAUGUACGUGGCCAAGCAGGUGGUGGCGGGCAUGCCCAGUCGUGAGGACCUCGUGGCAUGGGCUUUUUGCCCUCUGGUGACGUCGGUUGGGGGCCUGGUGGCGGGCAAGCAAUCGCUGCCGCUGUUCCGACAGCCGCUUAUGAUUUCGGCGCAACGGAAGUACAGCUACGAGGACGCCAUGAUGGACUUUGAAAUCACCAGAAGGGACGGUAACCCAGGUGACGUCGCCGCCGCCACCAUCGCGGACACAGCCGCAGCCGCCGCAGCCGGCGGCGGCGGCGGCGGCGCUGCCGCCGCCGCCGGGGCCGCCGGCGCUGGCAAAGGCCGCGUCAGCAACAGCGGCGCCAUCUCCCAUCUAGAAGAUGUUCCCGGCGUUUCCGUUGAUGCCUGGAUGCGUGUAACACGUGAGGUAAUGCCCUCAGACUCCUACACGCCGGGGGAUGGCUUCGUUGUUUGUCUGGACGGGGCACGGUUCCUACCCGCGAACGUGACCUUAUCGCGCGUGACGGCAGCAGCCCCUGGCCAGUGUCAGGCCCGGUACAACAAGUACGCCACUUUGGGAACGGGCAGUGACAAGUUCGACGACAGUACCGCGACUCUGCUGUUCAAGGUGACAACCCUGGAUCGCUGGAGUCGUACGCCGUGUGUGGGCGCCUUUCAGAUCCCUCUUCAUGUACGACCGCCCUCGGAGAGCAAGCUAGCAGCCAGCAGCUUGCGCGGGGUCCCCAGAGUGCCGUGUGCUUCACUGCUGCUAAGAAUCUUGUCACCCGAGCUUCAUAAGCUGCAAAGGCGGAAGAAACUACCUGAGUUUUCAGACCGAGUGUACGACAGCACGCGCGACCUGCCCAACCCCCUGGAGCGCCGACUGUACAACAAGUACUUGCGCCGCCGCAGGUUCCUUGUACGGGAGGCGGCUCGGCUUUUAGUCAAUGGUCGUGCGAUGGGUCGUGCGAUGGGGCAUAUGGACAAACCCGGCGGUGGCGGAGGCGGCGGUACGGCAGACGGCGGAGAUCUGAUCGCAAUGGCGGGCUCCGACGCCGUCCUGCCUAACAGUGAUGUUGAGCUGAUGGAUUGGAUGGACCGUCAGCUGGCGCCAACCGGGGCGCCGUCCCCCUCGCCAUCCGAUCGCCAGCUGCCGUACAACUUGGCCUCCGAGUACUACCCUGAUCUGGGUUUUUACGUGUCGGUGGACGGCGCGUUGCGGCUCCCGAGGAACCUCCCAUCAGCCGCCCUCACCACCUUCGCGCCGCCGGGCAGCUUCUACCAGGCAAGAUACAACACCAAACAAAUGGACAGCCCCCUGGUUGACGAUGUGCGUGUGACAUUGGAUUACGAUAUGACCGCCCCCCUGGCUAACCCAGUGUGGACUGACGGAUUCGUACACUUCAGCGGAGUGGUGUACGAGCAGGGGAUGUGCAUCAUCGUAGACGUGCGAUUGAUUGUACCUGCCACCGGCACCAGUGCGCCCGCGGGUUGGUCUGCCGUACGGCUGUUCGAACGGGAGGGCGAGUUCGUGGCUUCGGGACAUUACCACCUGCCUCUAUUCGCCGGAGUGCCUUCGAGGUACCUAAUGCAGACGGGUCGAAUCAAGGUUCACGAGGAGUGUGCGAGUGUGCUGAUCCGGCUGAUGGACGUCUCCAGGGAGGGCCAGCUUGAGACCCCCGCUACCCGGGUGCCGCUGACGUCGCUGCGGCGGCCCGCGUACUGCAGCAUGGCGCCACAACUGGGAACCAAACACUACGAGCUCAUGUGUAAACAGAGCCGCGAAGAAGAAGAAGAAAAGGAAGAUAUGUUCUGCAUAAAUGAUUUUGGGUAUGGUUCCUCUUGUGUAUGUAUGUAUGUAACCAACAAGACGUACGCUCAGGCCAAGCCCCGGAACAUGCCAGACGACGUUUGGGUGGAGAUGAUCAACGACGCCAUCAUCAAGGUGGCUGGGCUCGCGGAGGACGAAGAGGAGGACGAGGAGGGGGAUGGGGGGGCAGCAGCGGCGGCAGCUGCGCCGGUGCCGCCGCCGUCGGCAGGGGCGGCCUCCGCCGCCGCCGCUUCCGCCCUUUCCGGGGUCGUACCGGCGGCGACCCCGCGACCGCGCAGCGCCGCCUCAAUGCGCCGUACAUCGACGCUGAGAAGCCAAGGAAGCUUCGCUGCCGCCGGUCGUGCAACGCCGAUGUUGGCGCCUGUGGCAGCGCCGCUGCUGCCGCCGCCCACCGGCGGCAGCGGCGGCGGCAACGCUGGGGCACCUGCCAUGAGCGGCGCCCUCACGGCGCCGCCGCCACCGUUUCCAGGCCAGGGUGGAAUGAUGCGGCCUCCGUACCCCUGGCCCAUGCCCUUUCGGCCCAUUUACCCCCCGUAUCCCAUGUACCGUCCGCCGUUUUUUCCCGCUUACUUGCCACCGUAUGGCAUGGGCAUGGGCAUGGGCAUGGGCGGCAUGGAUAUGGGUGGUAUGCUGCCGAGGGAACAGGACGGGCCUUUCCUGGUGGCUUUUGAGGGGACUGGGGCUAAAGCGAAGGCCAACGUGGCCGUGCCUCUGCAAUGCAAAGCACGCCUCGCGGAGGUGGAUCUGUGGAUGGUGGUGUUUCGGAAUUCUUUCUCUUGUAGCAUGGUCAUCAAGGACGGGUCGGGCAAACGGCACGGUUUGCUGUACUUGGACUAA